GGAAAACGCUUUCUCCCUUCCCCUCGCGCCAGGCUGACGAGAAGGGACAACAAGCGACGAGGCUGUUGCAUGCACAGGCGAGCGCCUGGAGAGCGUGUUCAGGUCCUCCCUCCCCACCUUCACAUGGGGCGAGAUUAAAAUCCAGGCUCGCGCGCACAGCCCCAGCAGCCAGUAAACGGCGUCGCUCAGGCCAGACUGAGGGGCGAAGGCAGGUGAGCCCGAAGAGGGGAAUGAAGGUGCCAAAGCGAUAAAAGCCACAGGAGGGGAAAAGGAAACCAACAGCCGAGAGAGCAACGGGAGAGCGGGGACGGCGAGAGACUGGCAACGAGAAGCAGUCGCCUGAGUGUGCUAUGGAUAUGGGACCAUGCAAGGAGCUCUGGGAGAUGGACGGCCGCUCAAGCAAGCCCUCCUGAGAGCCAGAGGCUUCCGGGGUGGAUGACUGAAGAGGGACUUAAACCACAAGGCUGGCUUAGCAGGCGAGUCGCCUGAGAUUUGCUGCUGCUGCUGCUACUGCUGUUUAGGAUUUAAUUGCUCGUUUCUCCCCCGGGUAUGGCGUUUUGUUGACCGUGAGUUUCGGCGUUCCUCUCCACUGAUGUCUGUUGCAUCUGGAUUUUGUUCUUGGGGAUUUCUUUUUCCGCCAGAGGAGCUGCUUGGGCCGUCCAAAGUUGCAGUUUGUUCCUAAUUCAGCCUUCCCUCCUUCCCUCCUUCCCUCCAUCAUGUGCGCCAACAUAGUCUACGAGUGGCUGAAGACCCUGAAGCUCUCUCAGUACGCCGAGUCUUUUGUGGAUAAUGGCUAUGACGACCUGGAAGUGUGCAAGCAAAUAGGGGACCCGGACCUGGACGCAAUCGGGGUGUCGAUGCCACAACACAGGCGCCUGCUCCACGAAGCCGUGCAGAGGCUGAGGGAGGAAGACGAGACCACAGCCGGGCUCUACUUCACCUUGGAACCUCAGUCGCCACAGCCGGGCUUGCCUUUGCCGGAGAUCUAUACCAGCCACCUGGUGGAGCAAUACGAGACUAAGACUUGGAAGGAGCCUCCUCCUAAGCAUCAGGGGAACAAGAAGAGAAUCCCUCGGAAAGUGGGGGCCCACAGCCAGGACCUGAUUACCUAUCCCAAACUCAAAUUGAAAAUCAUGAUUAGGGAUAAACUCAUCCGUGAUGGGAUCAACCUCAGCAAGCCCCCAUACUCCAACAAGAGACAAACUGCCUGCUUCCUUGAUGACAUCUUGCUGUUUUGGUUAGAGAAUAUAAAGAUACUUGCAAUUUCAGAUACAUGAAUACCCC